GGCGCGGCCGUGGCCCGCGAGCGCUUCAAGGUGGUCUUCGCCCCUCUGAUCUGCCGGAGGACGUGUCUGAAGGGGCUGUGCCGGGACUCGUGUCAGCCCGGCUCCAACAUGACCCUGAUCGGAGAGAACGGGCACGCGGCCGACACCCUGACCGGGUCCGGCUUCAGAGUGGUGGUGUGUCCCCUGCCCUGCAUGAACGGGGGCCAGUGCAGCUCCCGCUCCCACUGUCUGUGCCCCCCCAACUUCACCGGCCGCUUCUGCCAGGUCCCCGCGGGGGGGCGUGGGGGGGGGCCCCCCCCUCCGCCGCCUCCCGCUCCCCCUGAUGCCCCUCCCGAGCCCCCCCCGGGCUCCAAGGUCGCCGUUUACGCCGUCCAGGUCAUUGCCGAUGGCCCGGGGGGGGCAGCGGCCCCCCCCGAGCCUCCCCCUGGGGCAACCCAUGGCGGGGGGCACGGCGGGGGGCACGGGGGGGGACACGUCAGCCACGCCACCUUCGUGGUGCCCCUGGGGCCCGGGCACCACUCCUCUGAAGCGCAGGUGCCGCCGCCGCUGGUGAACGUGCGGGUCCAUCACCCCCCCGAGGCCUCGGUGCAGGUUCACCGGAUCGAGCCACAGCCCCCCGAGGGGGCCCCCCGGGGCAGUGGGGGGCUCCUGGCGCACCCCGCCCAGCCCCCCGCAGGCAGCAAACCCCCUGCGCCCCCCCGGCCCCACACCCACAAACCCCUGGGCCGCUGCUUCCAGGAGACCCUGCCCAAGCACUCGUGUGGCAGCAACCCCCUCCCGGGGCUCACCAAGCUCGAGGAUUGUUGUGGCAGCAUCGGCAGCGCUUGGGGCCAGAGCAAGUGCCACAAGUGCCCCCACCUGCAGGGGUCGGGGUCCCCGAAGGCGGCGCGGGGGGAGCGCGGGGGCGACUGCCCCCAGGGCUACAAACGGCUCAACAGCUCCCACUGCCAGGACAUUAACGAGUGUGCCCUGCCCGGCGUGUGCCAGCCCGGCGAGUGCCGCAACACCCAGGGCAGCUUCCGCUGCUCCUGCUCAGCCGGGCACGUCCUGGGACCCUCCCGGAGCCAGUGCCUGCCGGAGCCAGGUGAGGAGCGGGGUCUGUGCUUCCGGCUGGUGUCAGGGACACAGCAGUGCCAACACCCCCUGCCCACCCGCCUGACGCGCCGGACCUGCUGCUGCAGCGUGGGCAAGGCCUGGGGGGGACGCUGCCAGCGCUGCCCCCCCGACGGCACCGCUGCAUUCAAGGCCAUCUGCCCGGCGGGGAAGGGGUACCACGUCCUCACAUCCCACCAGACCCUCACGAUCCAGGGCGAGAGCGACUUCACCCUCCACAUCCAACCCGACGGGACCCCCGAGCGGCCUCCCCGGCCCCCCCCACCCGUCCCCAGCCCUGCGCCACCCGACGUGCCCUCGCCAUCAGCGCUGGUGGCCCGGCCCACGCCGGCCCCGCUGUGGCAGCUGCCCCCGGAGCAGCUGACCCGCAGUGCCGCCGAGAUCGCGCCCACCCAGGUCACCGACAUCGACGAAUGUGCCAAGGGCGACGUGUGCGGGGACGGCGGCACCUGUGCCAACGUCCCCGGGCACUACAAGUGCGAGUGUCACCCGGGGUACCGGCGCAAGGGCUCCCGGCCACCCCUCUGCGAAGAUAUCAACGAGUGCCUGGAUGUGGGGACGUGCCCCGAGGCCAAGUGUGAGAACCAGCCCGGGGGGUUCGUGUGCACCCCCUGCCCCCCCGGCUUCCGUGGCCUCAACGGCGCCUGCCUCGAUGUGAACGAGUGCGAGGCAGGAGGGCUCUGCCCCGGGGGGAGCUGCGUCAACACCCCCGGCUCCUACAAGUGCCAGUGCCCCCCCGGGCUGCAGCCAGCGCGGGACCCCCCCCGCUGCCAAGCUCGGGAGCCCCCCGCCCCCCGCAAGGAGUGUUACCUGAGCCUGGAGCUCCCCGUGUUCUGCGACGCCGUUUUGGGGACCAACGUCACGCGGGGGGAGUGUUGCUGCUCCGUGGGGGCGGGAUGGGGGGACCUGUGCGAGGUGUACCCCUGCCCCCUGCCCUCCUCAGCCGAGUUCGUGGAGCUUUGUCCCGACGGGAGGGGCUUCAUCCAGGACGACAACGGCCUCGACUACGGAGUCCCAGCGCACCGGGACAUCGAUGAGUGCGGGCUGUUCGGGGCCGAGAUCUGCAAGGGGGGGAAGUGCGUGAACACCCAGCCGGGCUACGAGUGCUACUGCAAGGCCGGCUUCGACUACGACAGCGCCCUGCGCCAGUGCCUGGACGUGGACGAGUGCCUGGACGAGUCGAACUGCGUGGACGGGGCGUGCGAGAACACGCGCGGCUCCUUCCGCUGCACCUGCGGGCCGGGGGCGCGGUACCACCCGGGGCUGCGGCGCUGCCUCCCCCCCCCCGAGCACGAGCGCCCCCCCGGCCCGGAGCGGCCCCCCCCGGAGCGGCGGGACGUGUGCUGGCAGCGGCGGGGGGACGAGGGGGUCUGCGGGGCGCCCCUCGGGGGGGGGCCCCUCACACUGGACGAGUGCUGCUGCCGGGGGGGGGCCGGCUGGGGCCCCCACUGCCGGCCCUGCCCCCCCCGGCCCCCAGGCCUGCCCUGCCCCCCAUCACAGAGCGAGAGCAAUUCCUUCUGGGAUGUGAGCCCCCUUGGCCUGGAGGGGGCCCACAGAGGUGACGACAGCUCCGAGGAAGACUCUGCUGAAUGUCCCUGUCCCGGGGGGGUCCCUGGUCGCUGCCUCCGCUCCCCCCGGGGACUCUGCGAGUGCCCCCCCGGCUUCCAGCCAGACCCCACCCGCACCCGCUGCCUCGACAUCGAUGAGUGCCGGGACCCCCGGGGGGGCCCCCGCUGCCCCCGUGAGCGCUGCAUCAACACGAGCGGCUCCUUCCGCUGUGCCUGCAAAGCCGGGACUGCCCGGGCCCGGCCCGGGGGGCUUUGUCUCCCCCAGCGCCGCUGA